AUGGAAUCGCUUGAAUGCAAUGUACUACUUGUUGGUCAAAUCUACUUGGACACCAUUCUCAAUGUGCCUCAUUUCCCCGAGGAAGACCAUAAACUUCGAGCAACGCGUAUGGAACAACGAAGAGGUGGCAACACUGCAAAUACAGCUGAAAUCCUUGCCCAGUUCCCAAAGAUAAGGCCAUGGUGCAUGUCUGCUCUCGGUCCAAAGAUUACCACAAAGUCCCUGAUACACGAUAUGGAAGAUGCAGGCAUCAAUACGUCCACUUGUCUCUUUCGUAAUGAACCUACACCUUCAUCAUAUAUCAUCCAAAGCAACACAACUGGAUCCAGGACCAUCAUUUCCAGCACAACCAUUAACGAUAUCACUGUGGAAGAGUUUGCAAAAGAGAUUGAAACCAAGAUGACAUCAUCGGAUCGUACUACUCCUCCAUUCAAUUGGGUUCAUUUUGAAGGACGCAACAUUGAUCAAGUGGUACAACAAAUUGACUGGCUCAACGACAAGGCUAUCGCUGAUGGAUGGAGGGAUCAACUCGUCAUUUCAGUUGAACUCGAGAAACCCGAUCGUGAGCAUAUUGAUUGGCUCAUGCCAAAGGGCGAUGUGGUGUUUUUUUCAAAGCUUUUUGCCGAACGACGAGGUUAUGAUAACGCUGCAACAUUCCUGCAUGAUAUCAAGGCACAAUGCAAAGCAAAGGCAAUUAUCUACUGCACAUGGGGAUCACACGGGGCAACAUGUUUGUCGCCGGAUAAUACAUUACAUCAUGCCCCUGCCAUCAAGACUGAACGAGUGAUUGAUGCUAUUGGUGCAGGAGACACUUUUAUUGCAGGCAUCAUCUUUUCAUUGUUAAGAAACAUGUCAUUGUCUUUAUCCCUGAAAUUUGCUUGUGAGCUUGCCAGUCGAAAGGUGGCACAACAAGGAUUCUCGGGCUUAGCCAAACAAGCUAUGAUAACAAUGCUGCUGCCUGAUGAUGGAGGCGAUGAUGACAAUGACACCAACGACCAAAGACAUAGCACUUAG